AUAUUAUUAUUGCAUAACUUCUUUUAACAACUGUUUGUGACAACUCAUCACCUUUGUUACUACCCUAGCACUUAAUGGUCUUGACUUAUAUUACCAACCUUUACCUGUUUAGUUAAAAUAACCUUAAGCAAUUAUAAUUCUUGUAUCCACUUAGAUCUCUUACAUAGUUUCGCAUUAUCUACUUUGUUUCUAUGUGCAUCCUGAGUAAAACUCACUAUUAUUAUUACAACUGUUUGUGACAACUCAUCAUUUUUUUACUACCCUAGUUUCAUUAGCACUUAAUUUUCUUGACCUGUAUUACCAUCCUCCACUUGUUUAGUUAAAAGUAACCUUAACCAAUCGUAACUUUGUUUGACAAACUUAAUGUACACAUACAUACAAAACAAUGCAUAUAUAUUUGCGAUUGUACAGCUAAGAAAAUGAAUUCGCCGAAAAGAGACUCUUCGCUGAUCUACGUGUUUUGUUUUCAUUAAUGCCUGGAUGGGGAUUAUCCAUGAAUUGAAACGUAGCAAGGACCCCUCGACAGUCAAGGAACUCAAUGGGUUUCUGCGGUACUCUGUCAAGCUUGCUGUGGGGAAAGCGAAAGUUGGCUUUUUCGAGGAUUGCGUCUCCAAUCAUCAGUAUCCAAAGUGGUUCUGGAAAGCACUGCGACGCAAUCAUAUAUAUCCAAAUACGAAGUCCCUUCAACGCCAUGCAAUGAAUUGUGCUGAUUCUAUCAGAUCACGUAUGCCCGAACUGCAGCGGAAUAUCAAUCAGAGGUCCUCUGCCUUAUACGAAUUGACUUCGGAUGAACGUCAAAGAUUCACCGAAUAUAUCGACUUGGUUGCGAAUAAACGGUCGCAGUCUGUCGUAACCCAGCUCAACAACAGCCUUAAGCAGAUGAAACCUCAAGGCAAAUUUCCUGACGAACCCACGAAGUUUGUGUUCAAUUAUUCCUCAGUACACUUAACCGACGUGCAACUGGAAGUCCUAUCUCUGGGCCCUAAAUUCUGCGAUAUAAAUUUCAACUCCGACAAACUCCAUACUCAGGUCCAGUUUGAAAAUCUAAUCAGCCAAACGCACGAUCUCAGCCCAACUUCUGAAGACGAAUUACAGAGAUUCAAGUCAACAAUCAUGGACUGCUGCCACCAAUACUUGAAUUCAAAAUCAAAAGUCCGCAACCACCUAACGAAGCGGCACCGAGAGGAAUUAAAACAGCUGAGAGAUAACAAAGAUCUACUUAUAACUCGACCCGACAAGGGUGCGGGUGUAGUGCUUCUGAAUCGAAGAGACUACAUCGAGAAAAUGAACGAUAUACUGUCGAAUGAAGACAAAUUUUCCCAACCUU